CAUACGGAUCGCUCACUUACAUUAGUGGUUCAAAUCAGUUUAAAAUGGGCCAUCAGCGCGUACACAAACCGCGCACAGCGGAGACCAGAACCCUUCAGCUUCAUAGGAGUUUGUGGCCGCUGUUGAUCCUGUUUAUUGGGUGCAGUACGCGUACCUCAGUUGUGGCCCAAUUGUUUUCGGUGGAUAGCAGUGGCCUGGGCAUUUCACUGAUGCAAUCGGUGGCCAUGGCUCUGAAUGCGUCCAGUCUCGCGCUGGCCAACAACACUGCCUGGCCGCUGCAGCACGAGCCGCCGGAGGAUCGGUCGGAGAUCGAGCAGUAUGACUAUAUAGUGGUGGGUGCAGGAAGUGCCGGUGCCAUUGUGGCCAGUCGAUUGAGUGAGCUGUGCCAGGUGAAGGUGCUGCUGCUGGAGGAGGGCCAAUUACCGCCGCUGGAAUCGGAGAUCUUUAGCCUGACCGCUGCACUGCAUCAUGACGAGCGGUACAUGUACCUGGAGGAAGCUGUGCCCAAUCCGCAAUGCUGCCAGGCAAUGGCAUCCACGCACGGUUGCGUUUGGUGGCAUGGACGCAUGAUGGGCGGCGGUGGCGCCAUCAAUGGCAACAUCUACAUACCCGGCAGUCGGGAUAACUUCAGACGCUGGAAUUCAACGGGCUGGGAUUGGACGCAGGUCCAGAAGAGCUACUCUCGCCUGCAGCAGCGCCUGAAUCCCUCCUACCUUCAACCGAAUAGGCUCAACUUGAAGUUGGCCAACCUCAUAUACGCCGGCUCUGCCGAACUGGGUGUACCUCGGAUGAAACAGCCCUUGAUAGCGGGUGCUACAUUCGGUUACACCCAUCAUGUCCCCGUGACCGUCAACCAAGGACGAAGGGCCAGCAGCGGUCGUUUGUAUCUGGCCAAUGAUCAAGUUAAUAGAAGGGGUAACCUAAAGGUAAUCCGAGGAGCACAAGUUCAGAAGGUGCUACUCAAUGCAGACGGAACCCAAGCAACUGGAGUGAUUUAUACCGUAAAUGGUAUGGAACACAUGGCGAUAGCCUCAGGAGAAGUUGUCCUCAGUGCAGGAACCCUCAAUUCCGCCAAGUUGCUUCUGCUUUCGGGCAUCGGUCCGCGGGAGGAGCUACAACGAUGGAACAUAACUACGUACCAGGACCUGCCAGUGGGUCGAAAUCUACAAGAUCACGGCAUGAUGCCGUUGUUCCUGCUCUUCGGUUCGAAUUGUGCCGUCAACAGUACACGGGAUCCCACCGAGGAUCCCUAUGCGCCCGUAUCUGUCGCACAGUAUCUUCUGGAUAAUCAGAAGGGUCCUUUGGCCAGUGGCUUCUACAUGAUGGGCUACAUCAAUUCGAGUGCGCCCAGCAGCAGUCGCGGUGAACCCGAUCUGCAUGUGGUGGCCCACACACUAUUGCCCAAAGGAAGCACCGGAAGCUUUGGCUAUUUGGGCUUUCGCCCGGAAUUGGUUCAGGCUCAGCAGGAUAUCUUGCAGGAAGCCGAUCUACUGCAAGUUAUGGGCUCCCUAUUGCGUCCCCAUUCGCAGGGAAGAGUGCGUCUAUCGAGCAAGAACUCCACCGAUCAGGCAAAGAUCGAAAACCAUUAUGGCGAGGCUCUGGAGGAUCAGCAGACGCUACUCCGCUAUGUGCGAUAUAUUCAGAAGCUGAGCAAUACCCGAUCUUUUCGUCGAUGUGGUCUACGACUUUGGCUGCCGCCCCUCGCCGAAUGCGAUGUAUUAGCUCCCGAUUCCGAUGACUACUGGUUGUGUUACAUCACAUACUUCUAUGUGGGUGCCUGGCAUUCCGUGGGCACUUGUCGCAUGGCUCCGAGGAAGGAGGGAAAUUCUGGGGAGGAUGGAGGCGUGGUGGACGAAAGAUUGCGAGUUCACGGGGUCAAGGGUCUUCGUGUGGUGGAUGCCAGCAUUAUGCCGGAAUUGCCAGCGGGCAAUACGAAUGGACCCGCCAUGAUGAUUGGCGAAAAGGGGGCACAAAUGAUUCUCGACGAUCGGGAGGCUAAUAACGAGGUGGUCCAGGAAUGCUGA